UUGAUUGUGGCUGUGUUUUCACUAGGACAAUUUAAACUAGCUUAAUUACGACACCGGAAAUAAGGCAAAGUUAAACUACCUAGCAAGAUGGUUUAAGUUGUCCUACCAAAUAAAUGGGCCAAUCACAGUGUUAUUCUUGAAAGGUGGGAGUCGGAUUAAAACACCUCCAGGAAUUUUACGCAAGUUAACAUUUCUAGUGAAAACACAGCCUGUAUAACCAAAGCAAAGGAAAUCAAAAUUAUGAUGUUUUAAAAUUUGACACCCUUAACCAGCUCUCACUCUUGGUGGCGAUCCUCUUAUCUCUUGAGCUGUCAAAUCGUUUAUAAAAUGACAGAAGACAGCGAUUGUCUCCGAAUGGCAAAAUGAAAACCGCAAAUUGUGAUGGCGUGAUUGCUGAAAGGUACUCAACCAACCCAACUUCUGCCACGCACGAAUCUUCAACCCACGAUAAUAGGUUCAUCGCUGGCGUUCGGGAUAAAACGAAAGUCUACUUUACUUGUAAACACUACACAGGCUUUUCCAGCUUGGCAUAUGAUCUUCAGUGGUACUCUUUGUGGCUCGCAUUACUUCAAGUUUAUUUGCUUAGCGAUUGUUUCCUGUUUUCUGAACGCUAACAACCGAAACCACAAAGGAUUGGUUUGUAGAAAGUGAGCAUGUAGAGAGUCUUUGUUUGUGGGUUUUUUGAUCUACGCAAGCCGCUCUGAUAACUGUGAAACAUUUAACCGUUUGACAAUGGAACAGGUUCCCUGGCGAGCUAUGAAAACUGUGAUACCGCAUUAGUUCAACGAUGAUGCAAGUUGUUCAUUCAAACUCAUAGCAAUCAUAAACAACCACAGCAAGACCUCAAGAAACAUGGCCGAAUUGAAAAACCAAAGCGAUCAAAACGACAGCUCUCUAUCGAACUUCACUCAAGAAAGUUUUGGAGAGGAAUCCCUUGAAUUUAAGUACUCUAAGGUUACGUUCUAUUUUUUGAUUCUCUUUUGUGCAACGUUCGGAAAUUCAAUGGUGAUUUAUGUUAUUUGUACAUCAAAGAGAAUGAAAAGUUCUUCACAUCUCUUGAUCCUGAACCUGGCCAUUUGCGAUCUCUUUACCCCGUUAGUGAGUAUACCGUUUGAUUUUGCUUUAGAAGAGAAUGACUACGUAUGGAUGUAUGGCUAUGUUAUGUGUAAGAUUCUCUCGCCGGCGGCAACUUUCAGCAGUACGGCAUCUUCUCUCACAUUAGCAGCCAUUUCACUUGACAGAUAUCGCCUCUUGAUGCAUCCUUUCAAGAAGAAGCUCAGCUCUAACCAGAUCAAGGGGAUCAUAAUUGGUGUUUAUAUUUUCUCUGCUCUGGCUGUAUCGCCUUACACCUAUGGAUUAAAACUAGAAAACAAUUUGUGCCAAGAACAAUGGAGCGGAAAACAUUAUCGACAAAUCUACACACUUGCUUUGUUUUUGUUUCAGUAUGCGAUUCCACUGAUAUUCAUGACUAUCAUGUAUACUCUGGCUAUCAUUAACUUGCACUCGACCUCUGGGAAAGUCAAGCAUUGCUCUAUUAUGAACAGCAGCAGACCGUGCGACACUUCAGGGGAGCCAACAGCUCCGAAAAGAUUAACCAAGAUCAAAAUGAGCUUGAAGAGAAAGCUAAGCACCGCAGAUGAAAACCCCAACGUCAGAGCAAUGAAAAUGUUCAUGGCUGUCGUUACUGUGUUUGCCAUUUUCAUGUUUCCAAAUCAGGUGUUGUGGAUAUGGGCAGACUUUGGAGAUGGUGCUUCACAAACUUAUUUCUCACAAAUAGCAAUCAUUUGCUGGCUGUUCACGUACACCAAUAGCGUAGUCAACCCGAUAAUAUUUGCUAUUUUCAGCAAAGAUUUUCGAGUCGGAUUCAAAGGAGUGUUUCGUCUUAUUUUCUGUUGGAACAGCAAAUCACUACCUGAGAGAUGUCUUUCCUGUGAGGGACAGACUAAGACAGACUCUUCAACCAAUGAAAUGCUCAACGAAAAGAAAACUAUGUACGACAUAUCAACUUGCCACAGUUAUACCCACGAAAAAGAUACCAGUUCUAUACUGACAAAGAACUCUUCUCACGAUAAUGUUAGUGUAUUUGACAAGACGGCAAAUUUGAAAGAGAAUUUAAGCUUGGAAUCAAAGUUCUUCAAUAAGCCAGCCCCUAUCAAAAAAGUCGAAUUACCACCAUCCUACAGCGAUCUUACAGAACACAUCAACUCAACACACGUGCUUACUAAGGAUUUAUUGGACUUAGAGAAUUUGAAAGAAAACGGGUUGUUGUCAGAGUUGGAAGUCGUACAGUGCAAUGAUGAACCUUUGGACAAUCAAUCUAUAGGAUCAAAAAUGGAUGAUUCGGUAAUCCCAGUAUUGCACCCUAACGUAGUCGCUAUCUUAGAAUACUUGCCCGAGACUGAUUGCUAAAUAAAAACAAGUUCUGUAGGAUGCAAUAACAACAAAAGAAAAAUAUUUGAUUACCGAGUGAUUGGAUAUGAUUAGGUCAUUAUACCAUGAUAUGAGCUCCAAAACAAUUGCUCCGAAAAACCGCGGAAAAUAACUCAGGAACAGGAGAACAAUAGAAUGAAUAAGUAUAGAUCAAUCUCCUAAAAACCACAGAAAUUGUCUUGAAUACAUAAUAGUUUAUUCAGGGUGUCAAGAACAAGGAGUUCACUGUUCCAAAUUUCGACAAAGAUUUAUUAUGUACAAAAUACUGAAUGCCCCAAAAAUAUCCAAUUACAUCGAUUUUACAGCAACCAUUUGUAACAAAAAUGGUCAUUGAAUAAAUAAGGCUACUCCGUAA